CUGCGGUCUUUCUCAAUCAUCUCCUGCUCGAUCCUGCCGUCAACGCCUCCCGAGACGCCUCUCUACCUUACACUCGUCUCUGACGCCCGCCAGAGAGAAAUUCUCCCGCAGACUCAAGAAAAAUGCGUUUUGGGAGAGCAGCGGCCUAUGCCGCGUUUGCGAGUUGGAUAGGGGCAGCCCUGGCACACAACAUCGCGCUGAAAGCACACACAAGAGAAUGUUUCCAUGAAGAGCUGCACAAGGACGACAAGAUGACGGUGACCUUCCAAGUCGGCGACCGCGAAUUUGGAGGUGCCGGGAACUUGGAGAUUGAUUUCUACAUCACCGAUCCUUCAGGCUCUUAUGAAACACAACUCAACUCCGUCUCUUCAGGCGACUACUCGUUCGAUGCCCGCAUGGAUGGAAAAUACAUAUACUGCUUCAGCAACGAGCAUUGGUCCGCCAAUAGCAAGGAGGUCUCGUUCAACGUCCACGGCAUUGUCUACGUUCCUGAAUCCGAGGCACCCCAAGAUCCGCUGGAAACUGAAGUCCGCGCACUCUCCGAUCUCCUCGCCCAAGUCAAAGACGAGCAAGCUUACAUUGUCGUCCGCGAGCGAACACACCGAAACACCGCAGAAAGCACAAAUUCAAGAGUCAAAUGGUGGUCGAUAUUCCAACUGGGCGUGUUGAUAGGAGAAGGCGUGUUCCAGGUGUGGUGGCUGAAGCGGUUCUUCGAGGUGAAUAGCCGACCCCUUCCAUGAUCCCAUGGUUUCGCGCCGUCUUUAAGCCCGGUUCUAUUUGUUGGGGUGGGUGAACUGUCUGAAUUUGCAUCUGGCUGGACCAAAACACAAAAGUGGGAAUUUGGGCUGACCGCCGUCUACGUCACAGGUCAAGCGCGUUGUAUAAUAGUCACGAGGUCUUACGAGAUGAAAAAAGAAGGGCCCCGGCCAUUGCCAUUUCACUGUCUAUCAUCACCCUUGAGGCUCGACACUGGGCGCCACGGAUUGUUCAAGUGUGGAGCCAGAGCAACACUCUGGAAUUGCGAGGAAGGCUUUGCUGCUCCAGAUCUCGCAGGCGUGUUCGCAGUCAUCGCGAUUGGCGAGAACAGUCAGCGACAACGUGGCGUGGAUGGAUAUGCACGUCAAUUGCAUCCGCUGACUCUGGAGAAUGUGGGCUUGAGAAGCAGAUCAAGCAUCUGCUGGUCCUGGAACCGAGGACGAGGGAGAUACAAAUGGAAGACGGCACAAUCUCCAUUACAUGUGACAGAAGACGUGUAUGAGAAGAAGUAGCAGAACAAAUUACCCUGGCCGGGUGAGGCAGCCUCAGGUCACGACACCCACAAACCUCCCUUCCUUUCCGCACCCAUAUCAAAAAAGAAACCUCGUCCAUACAGACCAGCUUCGUGGGCAACAAAAACUCUCAGUUCGAACCCGGGUUCGAACUGAGAGAAACCACUCCGGGUUGGAGCACAAGGCCCCUACCACAGAAGG